AUGGGUGUGGUGCUGGCGUGGUCGUCGCCGGCGGUGCCCAAACUCCCCCACCUGACGGCCGCCGAGGCGUCGUGGGUGGGGUCUCUGCCGUCGCUGGCGGCGGCGCUGGGUCCCUGGCUGGGCGGAUGGGCGGCGGACCGCAUUGGGCGGCGCACCACGGCGCUCCUGGGGGCGCUGCCAAUCGCCGCCAGCUGGGUCGCGCUCAUGUUCGUCGAGCACGCGCCCACCUGGCUCUGCAUCGUGCGCUUCGUCUCGGGGCUCGGCAUCGGCCUCAUCAUGCCUGCGCUCGGCAUGUACGGCGCCGAGAUCUUCCAGGCCAACAUCAGGGGCGCUCUGUCGAUGGUACAGCAGCCGUCGAUAACGACGGGCUUCAUGCUCGACUACUGCAUCGGCCCUUUCGUGUCGUACACUGCGCUAGCGGCCAUAGGGCUGGCCGUGCCUCUCCUGUUUCUGGUGACCUUCUUCUGGGUGCCAGAAUCACCGUACUACCUGCUGGCCAAGGGCAGGGAUGAAGACGCCGCGGAAUCUCUCCGGAGUGUAUAUCACGACCAAGCAUGGCAAGCAAGCCAGGAAAAUAUCCGCUCAAACUGCUCAUCAAAUAAAGCUGUGGAGGACUCCAAGGUGAACGAGGCGUCGGUGUUGGACCUGUUCCGGUCCCGCAGGUGUCGCCGCGCGCUGGCCAGCUCUCUGGGGGUGCUGUGCGCCGAGCAGCUGGCCGGCAUCAACGCGGUGCUCUUCUACACGCAGAGCAUCUUCGACGCCGCGGGCGGCGACGUGGACAGCCGGGUGGCGCCCAUCAUCGUCAACGGCGCCAUGCUGCUCGAGUCGUGCGUCACGCCCUUCCUGGUGGACCGCCUGGGCCGCAGGCCGCUGCUCAUCUUCUCCUCCACCGGCAUGUCCGUCGCCCUGACUGUUCUGGCUGUGUAUUUCUACCUGAGUGACACAGGCAAAAGCGUCAAGAACAUCGGCUGGCUCCCACUCACUGCCCUCGUCUUCUACAUCGUCACCUACACCGCAGGUUUGUUCUUCUACCUCUGA